AAUUAUUGUAUGUACAAAUAUUUUGAUUAAUUUUUACCGAAACAAAGUAUUUACACAAAUAUAAUUUUUAACGCUAAACUUCCUAAGAAAUUAUAAAUGGUAUUUUAAAUAAAGAUUAUAUUCGGUCUUGAAAAUUUAAAAAAAUUUUAAAACCGAAAAUAAGUUCAUACACAUCCAUGAGUUAUGAUUCAAAACGUUUAAAGUAACGAGGCGGCGGUUUUGCAUAUUAUAAAAUAAAGUGAAGAAUUUUUGCGUAGAGAAAGUAAAGAUUGGAAAAUGAUUGGAGACGUCUAAAAUAAUAAUUGCAGCUUUUAAUGAUUAGUUAAAAAAAGUAGUUGUUAAAAUAUUGCAACUAAUAGCAACAAAAAAAAAAAAAAAAAAAAAAAAAGCUGAUAAUUCUAAUUGGUUAUUUUCAAUAUGUCCUUUUGUAAAAUAUUGCAAAAAGUUUCAGUUCUUUCAGUUGGCUAUCUAUCUACAGGUUAUUAGCAGUUCGUUUUGGUAUGAUUUCUUAUACAUAUAGUACAAAAUACAAGAGUAUACAUAUCAAAUAAAAUUGGUAUCUACUUGUCUAGUAAAAAAAACAUGAAGCUUAAGUAUAUAACGUGGACUGUCGCAAGUUGUGUAGCAUUGUGCUCAAAUACCAACGAGCUUAGAACUAAUCAUAGUAGAGUCAUUGAUUUAAGCAAAUUAUCAUUAACACCUUCCAAAAUCCAAGAUCUAUGGAAAAAUAUUGAACAAAACAAACGUGUAAAUCAUAUUAUUUGGGGGGAUAAUACACCAACUGAUCCUGUUAGUGUGAUGUUAAAGCAAAAAAUCGAAGAAAAAAUUAUUCAAAAUAACAAAAACUAUUUAAAACACCCAAAUGAUUUUAUUCAUGCAUUGCUGAGUUCAUACGUUUACAAAAACUCUGAACCAGGAGAAAAAGUGGAAUUUAAGUCAGAUGAUAAAAUUAAAUACAAUCAGUAUUUAACAAAUUGGAAAGUUCAAAAAGUAUACAAUAAACCUGAAGCUGGAAAAUACUAUGCCGCAAGUUUCACUAACGAGUCAGAAUACCAGAUAGUACUUGCUCAUAGAGGAACUACAGCAACUAUUGAAGAUAUAUUCAAAUCUGAUUCCCCUAUAAGGACUGAUAUUAUUGGGAUAUUAGGGAAAGAAAUAGUUGCUCAGUUGGUACAAGAUUACGUUGUUACUAAAGAGGUUGUAGCAUACGCUAAAGAAAAUGGAUAUCAGCUAUCAAUCACCGGCCACUCUCUUGGAGCUUGGUUGGCUGAGUUCAGUGUUUAUUUUUGUGCAGCUGAUUUUUUUUAUCCAGCUAAAGCUGUUACUUUUGAUAGCCCUGGAUCAAUAGGUAUUAAACGUUUUUCUUCUAAUAUUUGUAACCAAGACACUGAAAAAAAUGCUGGCAACUUAGAUAUAGUGACUUAUCUAUCUUCUCCUAAUUUUGUCAAUACCUGUAAUCAACAUUUAGGUACAUCGUAUAGGCUGUUUCCUAAAGUAAAAAUACCUGAGUUACUUGUAAAAGCUUUUGGUUUGAUUAAUGUAGUCAAAAAAGUAGAUAUAGAACCAAUAAGUUCAAUAUUCAGUCACAGUCUUGAUCCCAUAAUUGAAACUUUUAAUCCGGUAACUGGUAAACCAGAAGAAUAUCAACAAAUAAAAAAUUGGCCUGUUAUUGAGUAUACUCCUAAAAAACAAACAGGUUUAAAUGUGGUCACUCAGUUGUUUUCUAAAGCUAGUAAAGACAAUUCCAAUAAAGAAGAACUUGAUACAAAAGAUAGGUUAAAUAAUCUAUUAAAAUCUUGCACUCUUAUCAGCAUACUAAAUUUAUUGGGUGAUAUUUUAACUGGAAGAAUUGACCAAAGUCAACAACUAGAAUGUUGGAAAUAUCUAAAGCAAAUUUCUGAAGGCGAACUCCCCAAGUUUCAUAUCACAAACCCUGAAAAUGAAUUUGGUCUGAAAUAUAAUGGCCGUUAUGAUGUUGACAAGGUAAACCUAUUCAAAGACAGAAUUGAUAAACCAUCUUUACGCUACUUGAAGGCAUUAGCUAACCUACGGGAAGAUUUUUCGUGCAAAAAUUUGCUAAUCAAUAAGCAACUAAAUGUUAUUCGUAAACAAUAUGUUAUUAAGUCUGACCCUGAUAAUACUAACCCAAAUAAAAUAAUAGAAAGUAACGGAGAUGAGGAUUUGACAGUAGAACAGUUAAACAACUGGUUAUCAAUUUUAGUUGCUGUAGAUCGCGAGUUAAAGUUUACUUUAGACAAUGAUAAUCAAGGUCAAAGAUUUUCUGAUGCGGUUACACAGAGCUAUCAAAAAUUAUCCAAUUAUGCUAAUAAAAUAUCACCAGAUCUUGUAUCAAAAUCAUCAGCAGCUCAAAACAAUGAAGAUACAUUUGAUAGAGUUCGAAAUGCAAUUGAAGAUUUUAAAAAACUUGGUGCAGAAGACUCUAUAAAAGAUGAUUACAUUGCUAAUAAAAUUACUAGAGAUAAAGUUAUUAAUUGCAUUCGCACAAUGCAUUCUUUGUCUAAUCAUUUUAUGUAUAAACUUCACGAUGGUAAAGCAGCUCGUGACUUGUUACAAUCAUGCAAAGAUAUUGCUGAAAAUUGUAUUCCAUACAAAGAAGGAUCAGAACUAUACUUUAAUAAUCUUGAUCCACAAUCAAUAUACAACAUACUUCCAAAACGUGAUAACCAACCCGAAGAAAUAGCAAUUCUUUAUACAAAAAUAAUUUACCAUUUAGGUAGAACUUACAUAUAUCAAAAACCAGGUACAAGGGAUGAUGGUAAAAAGUAUUUUAAGUUAGCCAAAUAUUUAGGGGAAAAGUUUGAUCUUUUAGAAGGUCACUUGAGUGUUCGAAGUGGUCUUGGAAUAAUAAAAGAAGACGCAAUUGACGCUUCUAUUAAGGAGGGCAGUUAUAGUGUAGCACAGGCUAAAAGCAAGUACUUAAAAGCCAUAGAGUUAUAUGAGGAGCUUAAGUCUAAUGAAAAACCAUUGCAUGAUAAUCCCCUUGCACCUCAACAAAAAAAAGUAGUGCCAAAGGAUGAUCCUUAUAACAAUAUUGAAUGUAAUGAACAAAUUGUAAAAUACUACGGCAAACUUGUUUCAAUUACACCAAACCCAGAAGAAAAAGUUCAAUACACACGAGAAAUUAUAGAAUGCACAAAAUGUUUAUUUGAUAAACUACAAGAGGUGCAAAAUAAAAAAAGCGCCUCUGUAUUUAAUACAUUGGGCAAUGCUUUACUUAAAUUAAAUGAUGCUAAUGUAGAACCUAGUGAGCUAAUGAAGCUAAUGCAGCUUGUAGAACAAAAUGUUGUAAAUGAAUGUAAAGAAAAAUCUUAUAAAAAGAAAAGCAAUUUAGAAAUCAUUUACUUAUUAUUUGCUGAUGCAUAUAGUAAAAGCUUAGAUAGAGAUUACACUAAACCAGAUAGUGCUAACGGAAUGAUGAAGGUACUCAAAAAAGAAAUUGAUGCUUCACCUAAGGAUAAAGAUAAGUUAAAAGAAAUCAAAAAGAUAAAAAAUAUAAGAGACAGUCUAAAUAAAAAAAUUCAUAGAGAAAUAGAAUAUGGUGACAUAGUACUAAUCAAUAAUUCUCAAGAAGAUUCUCAAGAAGAGAUUUAUUCAGUUGCUUACAAACCGGAAAAUUAUGAUUAUGACGUUUAAUGAACUAAUAUUGCUUAAAAAGGUUUGCUGUGUUUGGUAAAAUAAACAUAGAACAAAACGAAACAUAAGUAUUCAGUAUUCUAGUUCAAAUUUUCAUUUUUAAUAAUUUUUAUUAAUUUUUACAAAAUAAAAUUGAACAAACCAUAAUUAUAUAGUGCUAAAUUUCAUAAUUUUUACGAAAUAAAUUGAACAAACCAUA